AUGCUCGGGUACGAGUACAUCUUCCCAACGCCGGCAGAGUAUGAAGUCGUUCGCCAACAGCUCGAAACGGCAGGCUUCACUGCUUGGCUUAUGCCGAUUCUACUCCUCAUAAACGUAUAUGUGUACCGUUCUCUGAAGGCAACCUUUGCCUCUAUAAGCAUUUCCAUCUCACCCAAGAAAGGACCAUCAUCUUCACGCCUCCAAAUCCUCGCCCGCCGCAUACACUGGAAUCUAACGCAACCUCUCAAUCAAACUCUCGGACCACCGUCACGCCUCCUGGCAGCUUUUGCCUAUCUGUUCUACCUCGUCUACAUCGCCCAGGCAGACACAGGGAAAAGCUACCUUCACCUCACCAAAUCGCUGGGCCAUGUUGCCGUGUCCCAGCUGCCAUGGCACUAUCUGCUCGCAAUCAAGUCACCUAAUUCGCCGAUCACCAUCGCCACUGGUUUGACGCAUGAGCGACUCAAUGCGUGGCAUCGCAUACUGGGAAGAAUCAUUGCGGUCCUGGCUUUCGGGCAUGCGGCGUUGUAUCUGAAGUUCUUCGUUGACAUGGGCGUGUUGAAGAAGCGAUUGGGGGAUUGGGAGCCUAGGUUGGGGCUGGCGGCUGUGGUGACGAUGGCGGGGCUUGUGGUGGGAAGUUUAGCGGUUGUGAGGCGAAAGAGCUACUACAGGGGUUUCUAUGUUGGGCAUGUGCUGAUGAGUGCGGCUCUGGUGGUGGAAUUGUGGUUGCAUAUGAGAUGGACGAGGAGGUAUGUAGCGCAGAUGGGAGCUUGGUGGGUCGUCAAUGCGGUUCUAAGGGCUAGACAAGUAAAGGCCGUGGAGGCAAGUGUGAUUGAGGAGGCCUCAGAUGCGGACGGACUGAUCGUGCUGAAGUUGGGCUCAAAAGAUGCCGUGAUUGAUACAUGGAUACCAGGACAGCACGUCUACAUCCGUCUCGCCGACGGCGUCAUCGGCUCUACCGUCGGCCGCAAGAACCCCUUCACAAUCGCCGACGUCUCCAAAGAUGCCACACAGCUGACGCUGGUCGCCCGGAAACUGGCCGGCACAACGGCCAUGCUCAAGAACUGCCACAACAAGGCUAUCUUGCUGGAAGGCCCAUACGGAGAAGCAGCAGAGUACAUGCCCUCACUCAUCAAAGCAGGCAAAUCAGCCGGGCUGAUCACCCUCUACGCCGCCGGCGUCGGAGCUACGUACAUCCUGCCCAUCUACCUCGCCCUUCUCAAAGCCCGCGGCGACACGGUCGAUCUGAGAAUGAAGUGGUUCGUAAAGACACCGGCCGAUGCAGUCUGGGGCGUCGAUCUACUGCGACGAGCUGAGAAGAGGGUGUUUGUGAGUCUGUUUCUCACGCGUGCGCAAUCAGGCUGGCGCGGAAAGUACAAAUUUGAUGUGCCCGGUUUGGUGGUGCACGAUGAGAGGGAGGAGAGGGGAAGCGUGCGGAGAAUAUCGAGCAUGCAGCGGAGUGAUAAGGAGGUCACGGUGAUGGUCUGUGGGCCGCCUGGGUUUUCGGCGCAGCUGAGGGCGGAGAUUGGGAGGUACGUCAAGUUUGGUACGCGAGUGGUGUGGUAUGAGGAAGAGUUUGGUUUUGGUGGAUGA